AUUAAAAAGCUACCUGCUUCUCAUCCCGUUUCUGAUCUUCUGCUAACAGAUCAAAUUCAACAAAAAAGAGACUCACUAGCUCUUUACAUGUACAUUCACGCUCACGAAAAGAACUCUGCCGAUUACAUUUGCGAUCACAGUACGUCGUCGUAUCCAUAAUAAUGAACUCUUUUUCGUUGGCCUCCAUGCUCACCACAUCGUUUCUUUUUUCAGUCUGGAAGUCCUCUGGUGCCAAUUAAAUUACUCUCAACCAAACCAAGCUCUACAACUUUUAACUACUGAAUUUUUAAAACCUCUUAAAAAAAUCAUUCCAAACAUGCCCGUUCUUACCAAACUUGCCCAAGCCGCUUUGCGCCCAUCCUUGUUCCCCAAGAACACCCACAGUCUCCUUGCCAUCCGUGGUUUCGCUGUUGUCAAAGAUUCCCCUGUGUCUCAGCAAGCCAAGCCUACUCAACCUUCAGCCAAUGCUACCGUUCCCGCGUCUUUGAGACUUCAGAGCGGUCAAGUCUUCCAAGGUACCUCUUUUGGUGCCGAGAAGUCUGUAUUCGGUGAAGCCGUUUUCACUACUUCUGUUGUCGGCUACCCUGAGUCCAUGACCGACCCUUCUUACACUGGCCAAAUUCUUGUUUUCACCCAGCCUCUCAUUGGUAACUACGGAGUUCCUGGUGAAACCCGCGAUGAAUUUGGUUUGUUGAGAUACUUUGAAUCCGACCGUAUCCAAGUUCAAGGUAUCAUUGUCAAUGACUAUGCUGCUCAAUACUCUCACUGGACCGCUGUUGAAUCUCUUGGUCAAUGGUGCCAACGCUUUGGUGUCCCCGCCAUCACUGGCGUUGAUACUCGUGCUCUUGUUCACUUGUUGCGUGAUCAAGGUUCUACCCUUAGCAAGAUUGCUGUCGGUAAUGAUGCUGUUGUUGACCACUCGGCCGAAAACGUCAGUUUCCCCGAUCCCAACCAGGAAAACUUGGUUGCUCGUGUCUCCACUAAGGUUCCCCUUCACUACAACCAGUCCGGCGAUGUCAAGAUCGCUGUCAUUGAUUGUGGUGUGAAGCAAAACAUCUUGCGCUGUCUUGCUGCUCGUGGUGCCGCUGUCACCGUUCUCCCUUGGGAUUACGAUUUCAACAAGGUCAAGGACCAAUACGAUGGUCUUUUCAUCUCCAAUGGUCCUGGCAGCCCCUCUCUUCUCACUGAGACUGUCAACAACUUGAAGGUCGCUAUUGAUACCUGGAACAAGCCUAUCUUCGGUAUCUGCAUGGGUAACCUUUUGCUUGGUAUGGCCGCUGGCCUCCAGCCUUACAAGCUUCCCUUCGGUAACCGUGGUCACAACCAGCCUGCUAUCUGCGUUGAUAACGGCCGUUGCCACAUCACCUCCCAAAACCAUGGCUAUGCUUUGGAUGACCGUGUCAUGCCUCAAGGUUGGAAGCGUUUCUUCGUUAACGCCAACGAUGGCUCUAACGAAGGUAUUCGCCAUGAAACCCGCCCUAUCUUCUCUGCUCAGUUCCAUCCUGAAGCUAAGGGAGGACCCCAGGACACUGAAUAUCUCUUCCAUGAUUUCUUGGAAGCUGUUCGCGCCGAAAAGCGCAAGAACACCACCUACCCUGCUUCCGAUGAAGUCAGCACUCCCGUUGCUGCCUACGCCUAAACUUCCAAUGUGAUCGCAAAUUGAUUUUUACGAGCAGGUGGAAUCCCCCCCCACCUUCUAUUAUUUCACGCUUUCAUCCUAUAAGUUACUGAUUUUUCCUGUUAAAUAUUGCAUGCUUUACCAUCCACCCUUCUUUAAAUCAAUAAAAAAAAUAUGUUAGUGCCAAAUUACUAGAGA